AAGGCUGAAGGAAGAAACCAACAAAGUGGUUAGGAAUGACGUGAAGUAAACGCCGCCACCGCUUGAGUAAUCUCAUACCGGUGACACGCAGCACUAUGAAGUAUGAAUGUUCGCGAAACAUGUGUGACACCAUGUCACUCAAAUCCAAAUGCCUUGAGAAGAUUACCGGUAUGGCUAAUGAUUUUGCAAGGAAAAUGUGAAGGACAAAUUCCAGAGAAUAAUAUUGAGGAUUAUUUUUAUUACUAUUCCAUCAACUGCUCACUCAACACUGAAAAUGGCAGAAGGGGAUCCUGGCAAAAUAAAACAUACUAUUGAAAGUCUGCUUAGCGAAAAUCCUAAUUUAAUUCGUACAGAAGAAAGGGUGAGGUGCAUCCUCACUGGACAUGAGGUUCCAUGUAAACUGCCUGCGAUACAACAAUAUUUAAAUGGAAAGAAAUAUAAACGAAUGACAAAGGAUUUACAUGAAACAUUUAAAUACAGUGAUUAUGAACCAAUGAUUGCGACAAAUGUGAAGAAAGGCCAUGAGAAGCAUUUAUUCUGUACUCUUACAUUACGACAUAUAAAUAAAACACCAUUACAUGUUCUACGUCAUGUACAAGGAAAGAAAUAUAUUCGAGCUAAGAAAAGAUGGGAUGAGUGUCAGAAGGAGGGUACAAAGUUUGUACCCACACCAUACUUAAACAGACAACAUGAAGAUGCCAAUGAAUCUACUUCGGAUGUCACGGAUGAGAUGCUUGGUGGUGGUGUUGAUGAUGAUUCAGAUAAAGAUAGUUUGUCAGAUUUGUAUCCAGUGAAAUAUUUAAAAGAUCUUUCAUUAGAUGAGAAUGAAAAUCAGCCACCUGUUGCGGAAGUUAAACCAGCAGAAACAUCUGGAAGAAAACGGACUAAACCCCCAACCAAAAAAUCGAAGUUUUCUAAACCAAGCAGUAAAAAAAAGAAAGCUAGUUUAGUGGUUUUCGAAUGAUGUUCAAUCGUGAAAUAUACAAUGGUUAUUAUAAAUACUGCAUUCAAAAUGGGGUCGAAAUAAAUAUUGUAUC